ACUUUAGGACCAGUGCUGAAAAACACUGCGUUAGUGUGUGUGUAACCUAUUCACACACACUCACACGCCUCAGGGUGUGCGUUAGUGUGUGUGCACGCGCGCGCUUAAAAACUGUUCCUGGUUCUGCUCUUAUCUCGUUGUCUUCACUUUGACUUUAUCGUUUGAUCUCCUCCAUGUUCAAAGCUCGUCAUGCUAACUAGUCUUGUUAACCAAUUCCCCUCCUGAGGCUCAGACUGCUGGUCAGUUCAAGUUAACAGCAUUAAAUAGUCGCUUAAGUUAGCCAAGGCAGACUGUUAGCGGUGGCUCUCCUGUCUCCAACAGGAUGUUUGCCUGCUGCUGUAACUGGCUCUGCAUGGACUCCACGGAUGUGGACCCGUCAGGCCGAGCUGACAGGAGACACCAGUCCUACACCAACUCGGCCUUCAACUCCCAACCGUCUCCGCCUCCACCUGAGCACACCUGUAAGGCCUGCGGUGGCUCCUUCGACACACCUGCCAGGAAGCAUGUGUGUGUUGACUGUAAGAAGAACUACUGCAGCGGCUGCUCCGCCCAGCAGGGACUGCGGCCGCGCCUCUGCCACACCUGUCAGCGUUUCUAUGGCAACCUGCUGGAGCGGGCGGAGCUGAUGAAGCUGAAGGUGAAGGAGCUGAGAGACUACCUGCACCUGCAUGAGGUCUCCACCCACCUGUGCAGAGAGAAGGAGGAGCUGGUGGAGCUGGUGCUGAGUCAGCAGUCGUCCCCUUCUGGCAGCUCCGCCCCCGACACCCCUAUCGUCCAGCCUCCCACCGUGACCUCUGACCCUCCGGACCCGACGCCUCACAUCUCCGUUUCUGAUUCGUCCUCUGAUGCAUCGAGUCCGGGCCCGCCCACUCCGGAGCCCGAAGCUCCGCCCCCAGACUCAGAGACUCCACCCUCUGAUGCUGAGCUGGAGGAGGACGACCCGGCCUGGGACCCGGAGGAGGCGCCGGUGUCAGGGCGCCGGGCUUCGCUGUCGGACCUGAAGAGCGUGGACGACAUCGAGGACCUGAGUGUCCGGCAGCUGAAGGAGAUUCUGGCCCGGAACUUCGUGGAUUACAAAGGCUGCUGUGAGAAAUGGGAGCUGAUGGAGCGGGUGACCCGGCUGUACCACGACCAGCAGAACCUGCUGGCGGCUAACUCUGUGAACGCUGCAGGUGAGUGUGGCGGCGGGCCGGCGCCGGGCCAGGAGGAGAACCUCUGUAAGAUCUGCAUGGACUCGCCCAUCGACUGCGUCCUGCUGGAGUGCGGUCACAUGGUCACCUGCACCAAGUGCGGCAAGCGGAUGAGCGAAUGUCCCAUCUGCCGGCAGUACGUGAUCCGGGCCGUGCACGUCUUCCGGUCCUGAGCCGCGGUUCUCCAGAACCAGCCCUCGCCUCCUCUUCAGAACCGACCGCCUUUAAAGCUGCAAACCAGAACCAGAACCUGCUGAGGAGACUUAAUGACUUCUUCCUCUUUUCUUCUGCUGUGAUCGAAGCGUUUGGUACUAAUAUGACACUGUGAGAUUGGACCCGACCCGUUUUCAGGUCCUGGACCAGAAACCCAGAACAAAUGGAGCAGGAAUCCUGCAGCUCCUCAGACUCUCCGCUUUGCCUUAAUCUGAAUCACGUUUGGGUCACGAUUGGACCCAACCGGGUCAGAACUCUGAGCUUUUUAAUGUUUCUGGUUAAUUCUUCCUUCAAAGUGCCUUUUCGGAACCGUUCCCACAGUCCAGGUGUAAUGGACCAGCUACUGGACCCAGCCAGUGGAAGGGGGUGUCUCCAUAGCAACAGAGACUGUAGCAUGUGCUUCUGUCCGACCCGUUACUCACUGUGCCUCAGAACCAUGAAGAAGAGUCUUUGAACCAGACAGGAAGUUGGACUUUACCUG